GUUAUCUUCACGUACGUACUCACAACAUGUUGACCCUUUGCCGGCGCCCCUUUCAGAGAUGCUUCGUCAUCCAACUGUUCCCACACAGGUCCCGCAGUUUAUUCCAGUGUCUAAACAUGCGAGUUUUGCGGGACGGUGACAAAUUUUUAUCGCUUUACCGUAGAUUUUUAUUCAUAUUUUGAUGCUCUCUUUCUAUGGCAACAUACAUACAUAUUCAUAUUUUGAUUUGUCACUGGAUGACUUCCCGUAGGCAAAAAUAAUGCAGGAUAGAUUAUCAUUUCACGCUUUAGCUAGGAAGGUGUGCUGCAAUGCCGUUAUUCUCAUUAUCGUCAGUGAUUCACCUUUGCUCCACGACGCUCAAGACUGUCGGGUUGCUAGCAUUGGGCUUGAAGAACCGCUGGUGUCCCGACGCACAAGGAACCCAUCAUGUCCGAGUCCAAAGGAAAUGCUCUCAGGCUGGUGAAGCACAAGCCCCAUCUCCGAGCAAGACAUGCUGCCCGGUACUCGAUCUCGAGUUCUUUGUUUCUGAGCUCCGGCUUCGAGGUGACGCACCCAUACUGCAGCCUCAUCAACAGGACGGGGAUGUCUUUUGCUGGAAUGGCGAAGUUUUCGAAGGCUUGAAUGUCAAUGCACAUGAAAAUGAUGGCGCGAAACUCUUCCAAAGCAUACACGCACACUCUGCAAUGGACGAUCUCCCUUGCCUAUUGGGGAGGAUCGAGGGACCAUAUGCAUUCGUCUAUUACCAUGUCGAAUCUCCCAAAUUAUAAUUUGCUCGAGACCCCCUUGGACGCCGUUUCUCUCGUGCCGGGUAAACUGGUAUGCGCGUCCCGUUUCUUGAUACCGCGUGGAAGGUACGAGGGGGAUGCAACCCGAC